AUGCCUAAAGAUCGUGGCAAUAAUUGUAAUACAAAUAAAAAUACUUGUAAUAUCAAUAGUAAUAACCUUUGUUCAAUCCAACCCCACACAAACUCCCCCUUUGAAACAACUAUAACAACGUCACACCCUAGAACACAUUCACAGACACUCCAUUCCUCCAUCAUGUUCGUGACUUCACAGCCUGCUCUGGAUAUCCCCACGCUACAAUCCACCAAGAAAGAUUCCGAAUCCCCCAUAAACACCAACCGUAUAACCAAGAAGCUACCUAUCCCUUUGAAAUCUAGAAUCAUCAAGACAAAUAAGCCAAGACCGUAUAUUUGUCAGACUUGUACUCGUGGGUUUGUAAGACAAGAACAUUUGAAAAGACAUCAAAGAUCACAUACCAAUGAAAAACCGUUUCUUUGUGUCUUUUGUGGGAGAUGUUUUGCUCGUAGAGAUUUGAUCCUUAGACAUCAACGAAGGUUACAUUCCUCGUUGAUGACCAAUGAUUCAAUGAAUUCCACUUCUCAUAACACUACUCCGACUACUCAAAAUAAUACACCAAUUACAACCCAUAAUAUAACUUCAACUUCAUCGAAUUCUCUAAUGACGGAUACUAGCAUCUCUUCAAACGUAAAUACUCAACCUCUCGUAGAGAAUUCUGCAAAUACAGCCGACAUUCUCGAAAUCAAUCCUAAUAUUAUUCAAAUAACGGGUAAUAAAAAGACAAUCUUACCGACUCCAAAUAAUCCAUUAGCCAAGACCACUGUCGAAUUGAAAAGAGAUCAUAAUGCUAUAAUGACAAGAGAUAAUGAUAAUCCAAGACUUAAAAGACAUGCUUCAUUCUCAGAAGCUACAGAUUUCUUCAUGGACCCAAUCUUGCCCUCACAGGAUGCCAGUCAGAUCGCCACAGAUCAGUCUGGUGUUGCAGAUACAACCGCCGCACCUCACCAAGUAGGGUUUUCUACUCCACAAUUAACUACUCAACAAGUUUUGGAUAAAGCUGUUGAGGCAGGGUUGUUGGAUAUUCCGCAAUUUCUUUUACCACCGGCAGUAGAUACUACCAAUACUACUCAACAACUUGCGCUUGAUGCUUCUGGCUCUGGCUCUGGCUCUGGCUCUGGCCCUGGCCCCGCUGCAACUUCUGAUGAUCAAUUCUUAAUGACACCCGGUCUUUAUCUUUCCAAAAAUAAUCUUUCAUUAUCAAACUUUCUUACAAUGGCCCCCUCCGCAGGUGGUUCCAUGGGGUUCUCUUCAAGAAAUGUCCCUAAUAAUGUCGAUUAUUUCAAUUUCAAUACCCUGUUAAAUCCAUUAUCUAAUUCUAGAUUAGCUUUAUCUAAAGAAAAUUCCAAACAAAGUCUAACUGGAGAAGAAAGGCAAAGAGAAAAACCAAAAGAAAUGAUAAAGGAAAAAGAAACAUCAAGGGAAAAAGAUAAAAAUACAAGUUCAAAUACUUCAGUUUCCGGUUAUGCUUCGAAUUCCAACUCUCCAUCUCCGUCAUUAACACCAAUCAUUACAACAAAUUCAAAUAUGAUCAAUACAAUUGCAAACGCAUUGAAUGAUGCAAAUGUCCAUACAAAUAUCCAAAUACCAUCAAACAACAAUCCAACUCUAUCUUCCAAUUCUUCUUCUAAUUUAGCCAUUCCAAAUGAUCCAAUUAAAAACGCCCUAAUGAACGUCAAUAAUGCUCUUUCAGAUUCAAGUAGUAAUCCAAGUUUGUCUCCAAAGACUGACGAACAUUGGAUCUCGAAAUUCAUUUCAAAUUCCGAAUUAGAAAAAGAUUUUAGAUUGGAUUUAAACAAUUUUAAUCAAAUUGGGUUUUUCGAAACAAAUUAUUCGAAUAUCCCAUCCAUAGAUUUCACUCCAACUCCAAAUGUUAAUUCAGAUUUAAAUCAAUCUAAUUUACAAAAAUUUAAUAUUACUAAUUCCACUUCAAAUAAUAUAAAGACAAGUUUUGCCACUCCAACAACUUUUGAAAAUCAACAAUUCCAUUCCAAUGUAAAUGUAACAAAUCCGAUUUUAAAUAAUAAUACAACAACCAAUGGUGAGAAUAAUAAUAAUACUAAUGGAGAUGUGGUUAUUAAGGAUGUUCCAAUGAAUUUAAUGGAUGCAAUUACCUUAAAUAAUAACCAGUCGUCCAAUUUAGAUCCAUUGAUCUCGAAUUUCUUCAUGUCUAGACAACAAGCCUUAUAUGAUGAUAACAUUAAAAAUGAAUUUUUACCCUUCAAUUCAAAUCAAUCUACUCCAUCAGUAACAGCAAAAUCGAAAAGUAAUAGUAUUUGUAGUAUCGAAAGUAAUUCUUCUACAUCUUCUUCAUUAGCAUCAAACGUUUUAAAUCCUCCUCAUAGAAUGAAAAAAAUUAAUUUCUUUAAUGAUUCUUUAAGACAAUUUAUUAUGAAUGAUAAUCAUUUAACUGAUAAUUCUUUCCCCACUACUGUUGAAUUAAAUUCAUAUAUUCAUUUAUACCAAUCUGAUUUCCAUAGAUAUUUCAAUUUCAUUCAUUUAUAUUCCAUUGAACCAAAUGAGAAAAAUUAUAUGAUUUUAUUAUCAAUUGCCUCUAUUGGGGCUUUAUAUGCAUUCCAUUCAUCUCAUUCCAUUCUUUUAUCCAAAAUUUCUUGGUAUCAUAUUAGAAACUAUUUAGAAGUUACAAAAUCAAAUCAUGAAAACACUCCACUUUGGAUCAUUCAAAGUAUGUUAUUAUUAACAUUCUUCGGGAUUCAAACUGAUGAUGUUAAGAUUACUAAAUCAAUGAGAACUCAAUUAAUGGCUUUAAUUAGAUUGGUAUAUUUAACAAAAUUGAAUUUACCUUUAGAACAUUUACAAGUUCCACCAAUAGAUUCAAAUACAAACAAUAUUUCUAUGGAUCAAAUUGAAAAAAAUUUCGAUUAUUUCAUUUUGGCUCAAUCUCGUAUUAGAACUUGUCAUAAUAUUAUGAUUUUAUCGAAUUUAUUUUCUGCUGUCUUAGGUACUGACUGUUUUUUCCCAUCAGCUGAUAUUAAAUGUGGUGUAGCAUGUUUAGAAGAAGUUUUAUUCCAAUGUGAAAAUGCUGCUGUUUGGUCAAGAUAUUUAUCCAAAUUCAAAAAUAAAUUGGAUUCCAAAUUCUCUUUAAUUCAUUUAUCAAAUGGUUCAGAAUCUUAUGAAAGAGCUUUAUUAUAUUUAACUGAUGGUUAUCAUUUCUCAAAUUCAAAUGUUAAAUGCUCUUUUAGCACAUUAUUUUCUUUGUUAAUUUCAGUCCAUGAAAGAAUUUAUGUGGAAAAGCAAAAUGUCGUCAAUAAUUGUGAUAAAGAUUCCCCAUUAUAUGAAUUUAAUUGGAAGACUACUGCUGUACCAAUUAUUCAAUCUGUUAUUAAUAAUUGGGAAAUUCUUUACUUAAGAAAUCAAGGUAUCUUAGAAAUUGAUACUGAUGAGAAAUUAUUAAUUGUUAAAAAUUAUCCAAUCAUUAGAAAUAUUGUUCCAUUAUAUUGGUUAACCAAGAUUAGAAAAUGUAUUCACGUAACAGCACUUUUGAAAUCUAUUUGGUUUAAAAAAUGGGAUUCUUUACAUUAUUCUAUGGAUCACAUUGUGGAUAAAUUCGAUGUUUUAAGAGAAGCUACUGAUUAUGGUUUGAAUACUUGUAAUUUUUGGGUAGAUUAUGAAAUACUUUCUCAACAAUUAAAAAAAAAUAAUAGUUAUAAUAACACACCUACAACAAGUAAAAGACAAAACGUUCAAACUCCAAUUUUUUCAAUUACUUGUAUGUUUAUUUCUUUAGCUUUAGUUUCUGAAUUUACUAAAAGAAUUGAAAAAUGGGCUAGAAAUUUCAAUUUCAAUGAUCCAAAUGCCCCAAUAUUAAAUCAAUCUCAUUUAAUUACUUGGUUUAAAGUUGAAAAAGUCUUUAAAAAAAUUGAAUAUCAUUUAUUACCUUCUGGUUAUCCACAAUACUCCGUGGCAAAUUUCUUAAAGAAAGAUAAGAAUUCAAUAGAUUUUGAAGUUUUAAAUGAUUCAAUUGCAGAAAGAGUUAUCCAGCCAAAUAACAACUUAAGAGAUACAAUUGAUAUCAUCUUAAACACGAAAUUAUCUUCAAGAGCUUUAUACUUGGGUGCAAGAAUGAUGGGUGAUACUCCUGUCUGGCCAACAACUUUAUUAUUUGCUCAUGGUUUACAAUUAAGAGCAAUCCAUAAUGAACAAGAACUUUAG